AUGCGUCUCUGCGUGGACUAUAGGCAACCCUGGGGAGCUCCGGUAUUGUUUGUGAAGAAAAAGGACGGCAGCAUGCGUCUCUGCGUGGACUAUAGGCAACUCAACAAAAUCACGGUGAAGAACAAGUAUCCCCUCCCAAGAAUAGAUGACUUAAUGGACCAACUACAAGGUGCAACAGUAUUCUCAAAAAUUGAUCUGAGAUCAGGGUAUCAUCAAAUAAGAAAGCGGUCACCUAAGGUGGUACACCUCGAGUCCGACUCCGAGGCCGAGGAAGAGGAAUCCGACAACCCUGGCCAGAAGGAAGACACCAUGGAGGCGGAUACAGAGAAGAAGUUGAACCCUUGCGGAAGUCCAAAGGUGGAAUACGAACUUUAUGAAUGGGGAUCAAUGUAUGAGAAGAAAUUUGGAUAUGUUUUUGUGACAUGUACAUCUGGAAAGGGCUCUGAAGACAUACUUACUGAACUGAAGAUGCGCUUUACAAACAAGCAUGUAAUUGAGUUGGAUAUUGCAUCACAGGAGGAAAUGAAAUUUAUAGAAUUGCAAAUUACACAGCUUUUUUCCAAAGAAUCUUCCCAAACGGUCAACAACGGAGAUGUUCUAGCUGAAUAUUCAGGCGAAAUAGUUAACGACACUCUAGAUGGGGGCAGAGAUUGA